GAAGGAGAUGGUGUCCAUUCAACUUCUGAACAUGAUAUUCAUUGGUGCAUUGCACAAUUUCGUGGUGGUGUUGCUGAACAGCCACAAUCCAGAAGACCUCGCAGCAGCUGAAAUUCGCAACACGUGGAGACUGUUCACCAGUGAAACUGCACUGAUGGGGGACAAUGGGCUGGAUCCGCUCAAGACUGUGCAUGCUUUCUGCAACAAUGUGUCGGUAACGAUCGAUGGGAUAACGAUGCAUAGCGCAAACCUUGAUCCCGAAACGAAUGCCUUCACACAACCCUACCUUCUUACAAUGGAUGCCGUCGGAAAUAAGACCAUUGAAGAGAAACUCGGGAGCCUACGUUCAUCCGUGAGAUGGCAUGAAGACGACGCGGACACCGAAAAAAGUAUCAAGACGGAGGAAGUCGGAGCCAAAUACAGGAAUGGUUUAACUGAUAGUGACAAAUGCAUUAUCCAAGCACUUCGCGAAGAAAAAGGAUACUCUCUGAACAAGAUUCUUCAAGAAUAUCCCAGCCGACAGUGGAAGAAGAGUACUGUCAUUGAUUUUCUGAAAAAACUGAGAGGUACUGGAAGCGGGAAACGUCGACCUGGAAGUGGCCGCCCAAAAACUGUUAGGACUGAUGAAAAUGUCCAAGCAGUUGAAGAUUUGAUUCUAAGCCAGGAAGGACGACCAGGGACUAGCAUGAGUGUGCGACAAGUGGCUAAAGAAACUGGCAUAGACCGUUCAUCUGUGCGUCGAAUUGUAAAAAAAUACUUGAAUCUGAAAGCUUUCAAGAGAGUGACCGUCCAAGAACUGUCAGUGCCAGGGAAGAAGAAACGCCUGGACCGUUGCAAACGUCUUCUUGAGCGCUUUCCAACACCGGAGUCAGUGAAAAAAAUUUGGUUCUCUGAUGAAAAACGUUUCACUGUUGUUACGCCGCGUAACACACAAAACGACCGCGUGCAUGCUGCUGUGAAAAAGAAGUCUGAAAUUGUUCCUGAGAGACUGCUGGGAGAGAGGAGCUACUUCUCUGAAUCAGUGAUGGUUUCCUUGGCAGUGUCUUCGCGUGGAAAAACUAAGAUUUUCUUCAUUCCCCGAGGUGUGAAGAUAAACUCUCAGAACUACCGUGAAGAACUUCUUUCAGAAAUGCUGCCCGAAAUUGAAGAUGUGAUGCACGAUUACACCUUCAUGCAAGACGGUGCUCCUGCCCAUACCGCUCUGGCAACAAUUCAGUGGCUUCGUGAAAACUGUCCUGAUUUCAUCGAACCUGAAAAUUGGCCGCCCAAUAGCCCUGACUUAAACAUAGUCGAUUAUUUUGUGCGGUCCGCGUUGGAAGAGAAAGUGUAUCGCGGGCAAAAAAUCCGGUGUGUCGAUGAACUGAAGGAACGAAUCCUGGUAGCAUGGGAAGAACUUUCACAUGGCUCUAUUGCCACUGCCAUCCUCAAGUGGAAAGGGAGGUUGAAGGCAGUUAUUCGGCAGAAAGAUGAGGAUGGCAUGGAGAGAGUCUCCUGCAUGUCCGGGUUCGGUGGUGUAGUGGUAGGGCACCUGACCGGCAAUCAGGAGGCAGGGGAUCAAUUCCCGGCCAUUCCUUGUCCUUAUUUAGACUUUUCAUACCUUCCAAGUCCUGUUACUCAAUCCCCCGCUGUAACGUAUAGACUCAGGGAACUCCAUGCCACCCAGUUUCAACCUGAUACGUUUCCCCUUUUUGCUGGCGGAGUCCAUCAGGUACUUAUCUGC